CCCAUCAGUCAAGUCUCGCUCGACUCGACGAGUCGAAAAGUUAUCGUGCGUUCGAGUGGAGGUCCGACGAUAUCUCCGAAAGUGUUACUGUUUUACGGAUUGGUAGUGCAGUGCUUUCUUAUGCCGGAUUACACACCUCUGGAUUAAUUGAAUCUGUGUAUUGUGUAGUUGAAGUCGAAACAUAUCUACGGGGGAGUACGUUAAUUGGAAAAUAGGUUUGUGAACACCGCACCCCAACAUGCAAAAUUUCCUUUGAAACAUCACGCAAACUUGCGCAGCGAGUACUAGGAUCAUGCAGUGGUGUGGGUGUGUUUUAUGCACGUAAGAAGACGUCGACGAAGCAAAAGUGACAGCUCUUCUGACCUCGUCGAACGUCCGAUACACUCCAGGAGAGAAGUUGUAAGCAGCAUUUUUCCCGUGUGCCGUCGUCGUGUAACAGAGGUGGAAAUUGUGCGAAAAAAAGUGGAGAAAGUCUGGUGGAAAUCUGCAUUGAAGUUUUCAGCGAGGAUUUGGUGUGAUUUAUACGCUGCUUGAAGUUUACACUGUUCGGUAGUGAAGUACUGCAUAGGAGCUACCUUACUACGAAUGGGUUUGGUGGCAAGCGCGUUCAUCGAGUGAAAGGAAGUGCAGUGAGAGCUAAGCAAUCAAAAUAAAUUGUGUGUUUUUAUUGCGGAAAAAAGUGUUGUUCAGGCAACCAAUCGACAAGGGCCAAGAGUGUAAUAAAAUAAGUGAUCUGUCGCAAUUUGGAUAUAGCGGAGGUAUCGCCCUGAAAAGAAGUCAUUUUAGUGGACGAUAGGCACCCUGGAACCAGAUCGGGCGAGGGGCAACAAUUGUAAGGCGAAGAAGGCAAACCUUGGCUGAUAUCAUUCUUCAAGGCGGGCGAGACUGUGUGAUAUUCCGUCAUCCAUAGCCAAUCGACAGCAGGAAUAACAUUCAAGUUGUGAAGAUGUGUCUCCCUAACCGAGCGUACUAAAGUUACUACCGGGAGGAGACUCACAUGCGACACCACUCACCUGUCACGGGGCCUAGCCGUCGUGAUUAGAGUGAGUCGGAAGAACAGUGCAGGUUGAUAACGUUGUCGGGAGUGACAACACGGUAGUGUGAGAAAAGGUGUUGUAAAAGUAGCAGAAUGCCAUUACCAAAACGACUCAUCCAACCGGUGUACGUUGCCCGGUCGGUGUACGUGCGGGAAGAACUUCCGGCCGAGCUCGAAACGGUAACUAAUACCACCCUCACCAACAUUGUCCGACAGUUGUCGUCGCUGUCGAAACAUGCCGAAGACCUGUUCGGAGAGCUAACACGGGACGCCGGCAAUUUGGCAGAACGGGCCAAUUCGCUGCAGGCGCGAAUCGAUAGGCUGGCUAUUAAAGUCACACAGCUGGACAGUACAGUGGAGGAAGUUUCACUGCAGGAUAUUCAACUGAAAAAGGCUUUCAAGAGUGCCACCAUGUUUGACCAGCAAAUUUUCUCAAGACAGACUAUGCCAACAGCAAUGCUGGAGGUUUACCAGGCUUGCGAUAAACCACCGCCACUUGAUAAACUCAACUGCUACCGGGAUGAUGGAAAGGACGGUCUUAAAUUCUACACCGACCCCAACUACUUCUUCGAGCUUUGGAGACAGGAAAUGCUAAAGGACACCGAAAGGGUAAUGCACGACCGUGGCAAGAAGGUUCACAAACCACGUGGCACCGAGGGUGGAGUGGAAGGUGGCCGUCAAAAGAAACGGCCUCGAGCGCCGCACAACACACGUGAAAAGCAACGCCAGCGGGCGAUUGGUCAUGGCGAAACCCUAAUGCCUAACAAUGUGAUUUAUCGGACGCCAAGUGCGAUUGCUGCGGCAAACGAGGAAGCGAUAUACAACAGCACAAUGGGUGGCAAUAUAAUUUACGAUUCGCGAUCAGGGGGACCAGCGAGACCAAAUUCUAUCGAAUUACGACGAAGUUACCAACCGGAAACUGUGGACGGAGGAUACGCACCUUCUUCGCCGCACUAUCAGCAACAGCAGCAGCAAAUGGCACAACAAAAUAACUACCACUCAGCUUCGAUGUACGAUGAAUUCCACAACCAAUCGAUGUAUGGAAACAACUUGAACCAAAUGUCCCAGGAAAGUCUGUACGCACCGGGAACCCCUUCACGGUCCAAAUCCCGACCAUCACAACCUCCUCCAGCACCACCGUCAACAGGAAGCGGAAACGGCACACCUAAUGUUUCGAAUGCAAACACUCCCACUCGCGGUCGAAGUAUGUCCACCGGACGGGAUAACCUUCCACCACCGCCUCCAAUCCCCGAAGGACUCCAGUCGCCACCGCAUAUCCCGAACGGCGGAGCGAAUGUUGCGGCGAAGCUUUUGAACCGAGCCAACUCGAGAGCUGGCUCUCCCCAGCUCGGUGCUAAUGGACAACCAAUUCAACCCCAGCAACCGGUGAUCGGAGCUCACGGAGGGCCUCCGCAGCCACAGGCCAUAAUCGACCAGAAUCAGAUCGCGUUGGCCCAGCUGAACCAGCAAAUCAAUAAUCUGAACAACCUUAACAUGCAACUGAACCAGCUGUCGAUGAAUGAUCUACCGCCGCCGCCGCCGAUUCCGGAACAGCUAUCGCCCAAACAGUCGCCACCGAAUGUAGCGCCGCCCCCACCACCACCGCCUCCGCCACUACUGGAUGGAUCGCUGAGCCCGUCGAAACCACCGAUGACCAACGGGGACAUAAUUGGCGGACCCAUGCCCAACGGCAAUCUCAUUAUGGGCCAAAUGCACCAGCUAAAGAAGAUCCCGCCGCAGGAAAAAAUUGCCUAUGAGGAUCCUCGAUCCGAUCUGAUGAAAGCCAUUCGGGAUGGAAUCAAACUACGCAAGGUAGAGCAGCGGAACGACGCCAAGGAAAACGAUCGCACCAUCGAGCGGCUGCAUGACGUGGCCUCGAUUCUGGCUCGGCGCGUCGCCAUCGAGCUGAGUGAAUCGUCCGACUCGGAGAGCGACGACGAUAGCGAGGGCUGGAUGGAGAACGAGACGUCAGCAUGACACCACGAGAACGCUGCAGCGGCCGGUGCCGUCGCAGCCGGAGGUGGAGGUAAGAAGAAGUAGGGUGGUUUGAAGGGUGCGAGAGGGUAGAACUGAGAUAACGUACGACUGGUCAAAGGUUGGCUUAUCGAAGUAAUUGAGGCGGUAGAUUACUCGGAGGGCAGCGUGUUUUGCCAGUGAAUGGCAAAUCGCUUCAGAACAUGAUUGGGGAUUUAAAAUCGGAGGAAACAGUUUCCUACUUUUCAUUUCACGGUGCAAGGUAAAAUGUUCGUUUCGAUAAGCGUUAGUAGAGAUUAACAGAAAACAAAAGAAAAAAAAACGCCAAUCUGGAGGAUGCUGUUGCGUCGUAACAACGCAGAUAGAAGAACAGUGAUAUUGGAAAACAUGUAUAUUUUAUUGUAAUUACACUAAGUUAUUUAUUAACAAAGGGAAGGAAAAUAGGAAAGGUUA